AAAACAAUAAUGUUCGAAUUGAAAAUGAAUGUUUUCCUAAAUGUUAUUACUAAUGUAAUUACACUAUUACUAUUAACAUUUCUAAAAGGUUAAGAAUGACAAGUGCUGUUAAGUGUAACUCAAUGUUUACAUUUCUGUUGGCCGCUCAACUACAGUUGAUGUCAAUGAUGUGGGAUUAUUCCAUGAAUAGGCUAUAUAUUAUGAAGAUAUGCCAAUAAUAUAUAAGGUGAGAAUGGUUUUAUUACCUUUAUUGUCAGUUAAUAUCAUAAUGUGAAUCUGUUCAUGCAUUUGUUGGUUAUCGGAACCGGACGAGGCUUAGCCUACCAUGGAUUCAUACCAGUGAUAUAGACUGAGAAGUGGUCCAAGGAAAACCCCGUGAUUAACUGAAUCCGUGAUUGCUGAUCCGCGACUAAGUGAGGCCCCACUGUACCAAUCACGACGGGCCCUAGGCCCAGUCGGCCUACUACCCAUGAAGUAGUAGGCUACACAGCCUUCAAUAGGUGUCCAUCUCUGAUCGGGUUGGUGGCCAGACGAUCACGAACGACCACCCCACAUACCACCUUCCCCCCUUCCCCCCCACUUCCUAGCUCGGCUCUGCCAGACGCUUAUAGCUCGCGGUUCUAGUAGUCUUAUCGAUGAACGACCGCUCAAGUUUUCACUUAAGUGGGGAAGAGAGGGGUGGGAGCGGUGGGGUUACUGGUAUUUUAUGUAAUUCCUUGUCUCCGAGUGAAUAGCUCCGCCGGUAAAGCGGUCUAGUAUUGCACCAACCGGCAGACAUCGCUCCAGAUUGUACAUUUAUACAGCUCCGCCGCUCAGUGGUCUCUCCCUCCAGUUGUCCUCCUCCGGUUACGGAUUCGGGCUAGGAGUUACGCUCCCCCCACUAGAGGCGGGCAGGUUCGGAUAGAGGAAUUACCUUCCCCUGAUCCGCCGCUUCAGCCCGUUUCGCCGUCAUUACUUAGGACAAUGAGAAAUGAGACUUUGGGUAGGCUAAGCUUUGGGGACUGCACUGUAGAUAUCUCUGGACCUUUAAGGUACCGACGGAAUGUGACUCACCCUCACAUCCGCUACCGGAGUGUUGCACUAAGUUGCUGCAGCUCAGUUUCCAUUCUUGUGUUGUUCCCCGCUCCGGUGGGGACAGUGGAUGGGUCAGGUAUUCGACUACGAUAAUGCGUAGCCUUCUGAUUUAGCCGACCGUAAUAGAGAUUAGGUCCUUCCUCUUCUCCGGUCCGGCGGAUCUCAGAUCCCAUAUACUGAACUUGCAGCUAUAUUCCAAGGACGGAAUCGGGAGCAGGCAAAUACACCCAAAGAAUUUCUUUGUUCAUUCAGUGAGUUGAAAUCAUUAGUGAGCAAGUCUUGAACCAAUAUCUAGGUUAAGGUGCAUGCUCUCGGAGUUAAUGCCGGCCCCUUGGGCUGAUACUCAUAAGGGAUUUUCAAUUUACAGAUGGUCCGUUGCCAGGCGGAAGGGUGCUCCGCUUCCCUUGGCAAGCCCUACAGCCAUGUAGUCUGCCGCUCGCACGCGAAUUGUGCCAUGCAACUCGAGCACUAUAUGGUCUGGCAUCCGGAUGCGUGCACCGUCUGCUACGAGAUGGUGUCCCUUCUUACUGAUGAGCAGGCUGCCAAUGACGCCCGACAUGAGGCAAGGGUGGCGCUGAGAGGAUGGGUCUGUGGAUUCGGGAAGAAUGCGCCGGCGGGACAGGCGUACAUCCUGGAUGCAGGAUUGUGCUCCCUUCUGUACAAGGGGGCCACGGCUACGACGGCUGUUCCGGCGCAUGUUGCCGCCCCCAUCAUAGAUGCCAUCCGCGUGGCGACAAUGCCCAUCCCGGAAGAUCAGGAGGACUUGAUGGCGGAAGAGGUGGCGGCCAUCAGCAUUCAUCUGGAACCCAUGGCCACUGAGGAGGAGGUAGGUGGGGAGGUAAGUGAGGCAAGUAGUCUACUAAGUCCUACUCCUUCUUCCUCUUCUUUCCUGGACUUCUCUAAGCCCACCCCUACUUGGAAAGGAUCGCUUUCGGUCGUUCCCAAGAUUAAAUUGGUAAGACCAAAAUCCCUUCCAAAGGGAUCAAAACCGACUCCGUCAGCGGUCGACUUCUACCGCCAAGUCACCUGCUGCCAAGGAUUCUCCCCCUCCUAAGGGGUCGAGAGCUAAAUCCACCAAACCCAAGGCGACGGAGUCCGGAUUUGACUGAGAGGCCUUCACUAACCUUAUAAUGACGAAGGUUAGCAAUGUGAUUGACAAGAGGCUUGAGUCGAUAUGACUCGCCUCGGGCUCAGAUACUUCCGGCCAGGCAAUAACGUCUCUGACCGAGAGGAUCAGGCCCCUGGAGGAUAUGUUGACCAGAUUUCUCCACUCCGGAACCCCGGCGCUAUCUAUGACAUUGCUGGAUGCGUCAAAGCUACCGCCAUUUGACAAUAACAACCCGUGGCGGUUAGCAUUGCAUGCCCCAUUCUUGGAUGGGAAGUUGAUAAUUGAAGGGUGCGGAACCUGGCUGCUGGAGGACUUUGAGCUCUUCCCACCAGGUCUCCAAUUCCCAUUCCCUGGUUUUGUCAGACUAGCAGAGCAUGCGCUAGUCAGAGUAGACAAGGUCCCAAAGGAGACAGUGAUCUUCCCUAGCGACCAAGCUCAAGCUGUUUGGGUUCGCACCCUCUCUGACUGGGGGUGCGUUAAUAAUAGACUAACGCCACAUAAAGGUAGCUUUACGAUGUUUGCGACCCCAGACAGAGUUCCGUCGCCCUGUACAUCCAAGGUGGCGGAAAUAACUUUGCAAGCGAUGGUGGAGGAUAAGCCCCAACCAGUGCUAAAAGAGACAGAGGCUACCUCUCUACUCUUCCCCACAGGUAUGGAUUUUUGGAACGAUGCUCCAGCUACGUUUACAGCAGGUAGACUUGACCCGGAUUGUGCUUCCACCCUAUUCUCUGAGAAGCUACCUAGGAUUCCGGACCACUUGGUCAAAGCAGAAUUUGAGGCAAGGACCAGACUAGGAAGAUCUAUCAACUCCGUCACUGUGGCGGAGUUGGUAGCAUCAACAUACACCAAAGAACAGUUGUUCCGGGUCCUGACGAAAGCUCUACUACAGACUUUCCAAACGGACUUGUACGACUUCGGGAUGGCAAGACGAGCAUGCAGGAAGCACGUCCUGGUGGGUGCCUCUAUAAGGCAUGAGCCUAAUAGGCUCAUAAAGUCAUCAGUAUGGGGAGAAAAUUUAUUCCCGAAAGACGAAGUCAACAACGUCUUUCAUCAGGGGGACUCCCUUUCAAACGGAAGUUUGAGGGCCCCGGACACCAAACCAGACCCAAGAAGAGGCCAAGGAGAUUUAAUCCCUACCAGGCCUCCCGUCCUCAGGCGGUCGUGCAAGCGGUUCCAGUAUCCCAGGUUUGCAAGCCUUCAACAUCUAAGGCUCAACCGCAGCAACAGUUUGUCUUAGUACAAACUCCGCCGGCUGAACAGCCUUCAACUUCCACAGCCAUAAUGACCUCCCCAGCCUUCAACCCAGCCUAUGAAGCGUGGGAUCUAUUUCGCAGCUACAAUAGGCAUGCCGGAAGUAGCAGGGCCAGAGGUGGCUCCCGACUACGAGGCGGACCAAGGGGUAGAGGCUUCCGUGGAGGUAGAGGUAGCAGACCUGCAGCCAACCAGUGAGAACCCGCAGGUGGGAGGGAGAUUAUAUCUCUUCCGGGACCAUUGGACCUUCAGUCCAUGGGACCACAGUAGUCUCAAAAGGUCUGAGGUGGAAAUGGGAGAAAGGGCCCCCUUCGCCAACCAGUUUUUAUUAGAUGCCAACGCGGACCUUAUAGACUAUACCAAAGAUCUCCUGCAGAAGAAGGCUAUAAAGAAAAUAAAACGCCUAAAGUUUCAAGGACGUGUGUUCAGUGUCCCAAAGAAAGACUCGGACAAAAGAAGAGUGAUUCUGGACUUGUCCCGUCUCAACUCAUACAUUCAUUGCGACAGGUUUCGCAUGCUGACCGUCUCACAGGUGCAGACCUACUUCCCCGUGGGGCCGUCACCACCUCUAUAGAUCUUACAGAUGCCUACUAUCAUGUUCCAAUAGCAAGGAACUUCUCUCCGUACCUAGACUUCAAGCUAGGAAAGCAGCCUUACUCAUUCAGUCAUGCUGUUCGGGCUCAACAUUGCGCCCAGGAUAUUCACCAAACUAGGAGAGACGAUAGUUCAAGAACUAAGAACGCAAGGGGUAAUGUUAGUAGCCUAUCUAGACGACUGGCUCAUUUGGGCAGCCAGUGUCGACGAGUGCCGCAAAUCAACAGCCAAGGUGAUAAAAUUCUUGGAAUUUCUGAGUUUCCAGAUAAACAAGGAAAAAUCUCUGCUCGUUUCGGCUUCCCGCUUCCAAUGGCUGGGAAUCCAAUGGGACCUAAACAAGAACAAACUAUCUCUACCAUCCAAAAAGAUCAAGGAGAUAGCGAAGGCUACGAAACAGUUCCUCAAGAACAAAAAGACUUCUCGACGUACCCAAGAGAGGAUCCUAGGUUCGCUACAGUUUGCGUCAGUGACGGACAUCCUAUCGAAAGCCAGAUUGAAGGAUAUCAAUUGAGUCUGGAGGAAGAGAGCCAACAUCAAUCUCAAGGACAAAAUCUCGGUAAUUCCACCCAUUUUAACAAAAAGGCUCCGUCCAUGGAUGGAAUGCUGCGACCUGGCCAAGUCAGUACCAUUGCAAUUCCCUCCGCCGUCUCUAACUAUCCACACGGAUGCAUCUCUGAGCGGCUGGGGAGGCUAUUCACAACACAAGAAAGUCCAAGGAACGUGGUCAGAUAUGUUCCGCCAGUUCCACAUCAAUGUUCUAGAAGCGAUGGCCGUUUUCCUGACCCUGAAAUGACUGACUCCGGCCAGGAACAGUCAUAUAAGGAUAGUCUCAGACAGUUCAGUAGUAGUCCACGGCAUAAACAGGGGAGGCUCCAGGUCAAGCAAACUAAAUCACGUCAUGAUUGCGAUAUUUUCGUUAGCAACGAAAAAUCAUUGGCACUUGUCAGCAACUCACCUGGCAGGAGAGAAAAAUGUUAUCGCAGAUGCACUUUCCAGGACAACUCCGCUGCAGUCAGAGUGGUCCCUGGACAAAAAGUUGUUCCAGUGGAUUUGCAAUCAAGCCCCGGACCUUCAAGUAGACCUAUUCGCCACGGAAUCCAAUCACAAACUACCAUGUUACAUGGCACCCAACCUGGACCCUCUAGCUUACACCACAGAUGCAAUGUCCAUAAAUUGAAACACUUGGCAGAGGAUUCACCUGUUUCCACCAGUGAAUCUUCUGAUGAAGGUCCUGCACAAGCUAAGAUCUUUCACGGGACAGGUAGCAUUGGUGGCUCCCAACUGGCCAAAGAGCAACUGGUUUCCGCUUCUUCUAGAACUGAAUCUCCGGCCCAAACAGAUCCCCCGUCCAGAACUGACACAGGUAGUACAAACUCAGACUGUGUCAGCUUCCUAAAAAACUCUGAGUGCCCUAACUUUAUGGACUUCAUGAAGUUUGCAGCCCAAAAGGAUGCUAGUAUUGAUCCACUAAACAUCUUAUUCAUAGAAUCAGAUAAAAGAGAAUCAACGCUCAGGCAGUAUGAUUCAGCAGUGAAAAAGCUGGCUAAUUUUUUAAAAGAUUCAGAUGGUCAAAAUAUGACUACAAAUCGGGCAAUUUUGUUCUUUAGAACUCUAUUUGAGAAAGGCCUAGCCGCUAGUACCAUUACUACGGUCAAAUCGGCCUUAAGGAAGAUUUUUCAGCUUGGCUUUAACAUUAACUUGUUAGAUUCAUACUUCUCUUCGAUUCCAAGAGCAUGUGCACGCCUGAGACCAAUAGACCGCCCUCAAACGGUCUCCUGGUUCUUGAAUGAUGUACUUAAAUUAGCCUCAGACACUGACAAUGAGACAUGCUCUUAUAUAACCCUUCUCAGAAAGACCUUAUUCUUAAUGGCCCUGGCUUCAGGUGCCAGAAUAUCUGAACUCUUGGCUCUCUCUAGAAAUCCAGAUCAUGUUGAAUUCCUCCCGUCGGGUGAAGUAUUACUAUCCCCAGAUCGGAAAUUCUUGGCUAAGAAUGAGGACCCACAAAACAGAUGGGCUCCAUGGAAGAUUAUUCCUCUGACACAGGACGCAUCAUUGUGUCCUAUAGUUACUCUUAAAUCCUAUCUGGCCAGAACUUCUGAAAAAACUUAAGGCCCCCUUUUCAUUAGGGAGAAAGGUGGUACGAUCUCUGUUAAAGGUAUUAGACAACAAAUACUCUACUUUAUUAAACAGGCCAACCCGGAUUCAGUCCCACACGUCCAUGACAUCCGGGCAGUAGCUACCUCCAUUAACUAUUUUCACAAUAUGAAUUUCGAAGACCUGAAGAAGUAUACGGGUUGGAAAUCUCCAGCAGUAUUUAAACGCCACUAUCUAAAGAACUUAGAGGCCCUUAAAUUCCCAACAGUGGCUGCAGGGAGCAUAGUCUCCCCUGAAUUACCGAGUCUUAUCAAUUCCUUUCCUUAGCCCCUUUUUGUCACUCCCUUUCCCUUAAAUACUCUCUCCUUCCUACCUGCCUCACUCAUAUUCCCUGCCAACCCUCUCUCUUCCAGGCCGGGCUGGUUGGUUGCCAUCCCGUCACUGGAACUUGUACAUAGCAUUGAGACCAUAUUGGUAUCACUAACAUGUCUGUACAUAAUUUAUUGUAUAUUGCUUCAGAUACCAUUCUGUUAUAUUAGUUUUAUUACUAAUCUUAAUCUCUAGUUUAAGUCCUAAUUAGAAUUAGUAAGUUGUCCGCCCUAUUACGGCGCAUUAAAUUUAUUAAGAGAAACUUAGGUUUCAUUAUCCCUUUUAUAUACUUGUUUGGUGUCUGUUAAGCUUGGAUGGCAAUUGUCUGAUACUUUUUCACUGGCAGACACAGGUCGAACCCAGAAAAGGGAUUUUGACAAAGGAAAAAUCUAUAUCUGGGGGAAGACCUGUGUCCGCCCCGUAAACCCCAUCCCUUCUCCUAGUCCCACCCUUAGCCAGUCCAAGCUUGUGUGUCUAUUCCAGGAAUGAAGAUGGGGGCCGUGUAGUAGUAGUAGUAGCGGGUGCGAGCGGAAGGUAAGAGGAGUAACCGUUGUAACGGCACUCGCCGUGGGAGGGAUUUUGAAAGGAAUCCUCUAAUUGGCAGGAAGACCUGUUGGUAGUGGCUUCCACUCGCCCUAGUGCUAUACCGACGCCCUUGGGGUGAUCGAGCUGAAGGUAGUAACUUCAGCAUACCAUGCUAGCCUUUUCUCUGGUAUAUUUAGGAUCUAUUUAUACUUAGAAAAGUGAGCUACAGGAACUUUUCACCGGCAGACACAGGUCUUCCCCCAGAAAUAGAUUUUUCUUUUGUCAAAAUCCCUUUACAUUACUACAGUGGUCCCCCCGUAUUCGCGGGGGAUGCAUACCAGACCCCCCCGUGAAUAGUUAGAAUCCGCGAAUGUUUGGAACCCCUAUAAAAAUACUAAAAACAGCCUAUUUUGUUAGUUACAACUCAAGAAAAACCCACUAAAAAUUUUCCUACAUGGUUUUUUUAAUAGUUUUAUCACAAAAAGUGCAUUUUAUGAUGAAAUCCAUCAAAAAAGCCAGGAAUUUGUGGAUAUUUAUCAUAGAAAAAUACCGCGAAUGCGUGAAUUUUCCGUGAAUAAUGCAGGGAAACGUUCCCGAGAGAAAUCCGCGAAUGUGUGAGUCCGCGAAUCUGGAGAACGCGAAUACGGGGGGUCCACUGUAUAUCCUUACUCGCUAUGUAGAAAAGAUCGGCAAGGGCAUAUACCGCUAAAUUUAAUAGUAAGUCUUAGCUGAAGUUGAGGAAAGAAUGUUGAUCUGCUAAUGUCUAUUAUUGUGCCUCGGCAACGUGGAUGAAACUCUCACAAACUUCGGUAUAAUACAGCUACUAUCCGACUUACAACCUGCUCGACAUACGACCACUCGUACUUACAACCUUACUUCAGACAGUUGACCAUUGAGACUUGGCACUGUGCCAUCUCAUGAGAACUCUCAUCACUCAGGCAGCAUCAGUUUGAGUUACCCUGCCCUAUCUGCAGCAUCAUUUGGUUUUAACUGUACUGUAGACUGAAUUGCAAACCAAUUUACGUAAGAAUCGACUUCUGACAUGCAUGCAAGAACCUAACCCCAUUGUAACUCAAUGCCUGAUUGUACGUAAUAUAUACUAUUACGUAAAUGAUUAAAAUGUAUUAGUAGAAGUACAUUAUGGUAAAAAGAUUGAAAUAAUGAUUGUACAUUACAUUACAGUACUAAGUAGGCACUUUUAUAUAGCAAAGGUUUGAUAGUAUACCCUACCCAGUAUGUUGGCCACUUUCUAAGGUUCGACUUACAUCCAUUCCGACUUACAACCAGUGGGUCGGAACCAAACUUGGUUGUAAGUAGGAUAGUACCUGUACCAUCAAACUCUACUGUAAAAAAAAUUUGAGAGAAACAUGUUUUAAUCAAACCUGUUGGGCAUGAAAGAACACAUUUUACUGUUUUCACUCCAAUAAAAGAUAAAUAUGUAAAGUUCUGAUGAGACGAAAUGAAGAUAUGAACGGAAUCUGUUGAUUUUUGUUUAUGCAAUAAACAUGCCCUCAGUGCCAUCUGCUAACGAAAAAAAUAACUGAAUUUCAUUCACAAACAACACCUUUUUAAGUGAUAUUUCGACUUGGAAAACACUUAGUAGAACGUAAAAUAACCAUGACCCUUAUAAAUUGAAUAUCUUGAGAUUCAUUUGCACUAACUAGAAGCAAGGAAGUAGCUCUGAUUUGAGUUCAAUACAGCAAAACAAACUUACCUUGCAAUCAUACUCAGCUGAUUUCCAAACCAAAACAUUCAUUGCUAUGUUUGUAUUUUAUAAUACAAAGAAAUAGUAAUGUGAAAAUACAUAAAUGUAAAUUGCCUAAUCCGUUCCAAGCCUUACAAAAACACCCCAGUAAAUUUUAUAAUAAAGCUAAAUUGACCAAUAAACAAUGAAAUACUACAACAAUUUGGACUUAUUCAAUACUUAACUUAAUACGUACUACUAAUAUGUACCUGUAAAUAAAGUGUAUUAGUGUACAAUGUAUACAAGAAGUACUGUACAUACAUACGUACAUAUGUAGUAAAAUGUGGAACCUUACCUUUCGAGUGAGGCUAUCUCCAAAAGUGGCGACAGAGGAGGAGGACAAACGGCAGAAAAUUUAUUACGUAGUACGUACACUUAACUUAACGAAACACAUUAAAAAUGUCAGGAAACAUAAACUAAACUUUACAAAACACAUUAACAAAACCGUAACACUUAACUUUACAAAAAACUUAAAAUAAAAUUUUUUAUUUUUACAUUUUUUUUUUAC